CGCGAUCUCGAACUCGGAUCUCAUGAUUUCUCUCGAAUGUACAGGAACACAUUCGUUUUGUUUUGAUAUGGGAAUGACGUAUCCGUGAGGACAGUAAAUCCAAACGAUUUUGUAGAAUACAUUUAACGAUAAUUCUUGGAAUUCCUUAUUUCAUAUAGAUAUUCCUUUAAGGAUUUAGAUAUACACAUCAUCGACUGGUAAUGGUGACGUUACCCAUAUUCUUUAUGGCUUUUUGACAGUACCUGUAAAAAAUGGCUCGUCGGAGUGUCUUAAGUUUUCUAUGCUUAUUAUAUUUCGCAAACAGUUGUAUGGAUUAUAGUUUGUGUGCAUUUUAUAAUAAUUAUUACGAAGAAUAUGGGUUGGAGUCGGAGAAGUUGUGUCAUAUACUUGGUAAAGUGUCAACUAUAGACAUUAAAAUCGGUGCGGCGAUUGUACGGCCGAAGUACAUGCUGGACCGAUGGAAUGUUCGUGCUAAUGUUCAUUGUAAAUUUAAAUUUAUUACGGCCAAAGGUUAUGGAUUAUUUGGAGUCAUUCAAAAAAUGUCUUUCAGAAAAAACGGAACACAGUGUCUGGAUUAUGUACAAAUUUAUGCUGAAUAUGAUCCAAGCAAUCAUAAAUCUAAUGCAGAAUUAGAAACUGAAAUAUUUAUAUCAAAAGAGAAGUUAGAAGAAGGAGAGUUUCUUGCUAUUCGCAUUGCUUAUACAACAUUCGGAAAUUGCAGUAAUGUGGGCUACAAGAGAUACAAACUAAUUGGUCAUGAUACCUGUCUGCUAAAUGAAUACUUUUGCGAUGGCGUUUACAAUUGUAUACCAGGUAUUUGUUCUGAUGAGAAUAAUUGUACUCAUGAAAUUACUAGCUCUGGUACUGGUACAAAUGUAACAAUAGGUGCAGUGAGUUCCCUGAUUUUAUGCUUUAUCAUAUUCAUUGUGUGUUUAUGGAUAUGUAAAAGGUCACAAAAAUUAUGUUGGUCUAUCGAUUGCGCCGAUUCAAACGUGUGUUCGAGACCAGAACCAUUAUCACGUGAUACAGAGGGAUCUGUAAAUCCAUCAGUUCCCUCAGCACCGAUGUUAGAAGUCGCAGUUCCUUCAUCGGUUGCUGAUAAAGAUUUACCACCUAGUUAUGAUUCCCUGUUUCCAGAACAAAGUAAUCCUGCUAGAUCAUAAUUGUAAAUGCAAGUUAUUAUAUGUAAUUAAUUUGUACUGACUUGUUAUCUAAUGUUUUAAUUAGAUAUUGUUGUACACAAUGCAGUCUUCAGAUAUAUGGUAUGAAUGAGUGCCUUUUUGAAUGAAACAGAUAUAAUCGCAUACAAGUGAUCGAUAAGAAUACCGAAUUUCUUUUUAGUAUUUUAUACCAACUAUUUUGUCAAUGUUGUAUACACUAGCAUUUAUAAUACUGAAUAUUUUUAUAUUUUAUAUAACUUGUUCUACAAAACUAUAUUGAGAUAUAAGUACAAGAUCCGUAAUGUAUAAAAUAUAAAUAGCCACUAUGUAUGGUCAAUUAUUCAGCAACGAAAAGUACUAUUUUAGAACAAAAACCUGUUCAUAGUUUAUAAGUCGCUUUUAAUGUUGGAAAAAUACAGUAUUUAAUAAAUAUAAUAUUUAUACAA